AUGUCCGUCGCCAUCUCGAUCUCCAAUCCAAUUCUCCUCGAAGCCAAGAGACAAUUCUUUGAAGAAGAUGGCAAAUUGAAUGUUCAACUGCUAGACCAGGUGGUAACACUGAUGAAUCAAGCAUCCGGCGAAGAUCAACGUCAAGCAAAUACGAUUCUCGUCGAGCUGAAAGAAAACCCGAAUUCUUGGACCAAAGUUGACGCCAUUCUUGAGUUCUCAUCGCUUCCUGAGACGAAAUACUUUGCACUGCAAAUACUCGAGUCUGUCAUACAAACAAAAUGGAAAGCGUUGCCCGUAGUGCAACGCGAUGGUAUCAAAGGGUUCAUCGUGCAAUUCAUUCUGAAGCUCAGUGAAACAAAUGAAACUGCGCAGCGAAAUCAUUUGCUUCUACACAAGUUAAACCUUGUGUUGGUUCAGAUUGUGAAACAGGAUUGGCCGAAGAAUUGGCCUUCGUUCAUUAGUGAUAUUGUGGCCGCCAGCAAAACCUCUGAUUCGGUGUGUAUCAACAACAUGAAUAUUCUUCGACUUCUAAGUGAGGAAGUGUUUGAUUUUGGAAGCCAAAACUUGACGCAAGCUAAAGAACAACACCUGAAAACGCAAUUUUGUGGCCAAUUUCAAGAAGUCUUCCAGCUCUGCAUGACAAUUCUUGAAAAAUGUCCAGCACCAUCAAUGGUUGAAGCUACUCUAAAGACACUUCAUCGUUUUCUUUCGUGGAUCCCAGUUGGAUACGUUUUUGAGACAAACAUUACACAACUUCUUUCGGAAAAUUUUCUAUCGCUUGAAAUGUUCCGAGUGGUCACUUUGCAAUGCCUUACCGAGGUCGCGCUCAUCAACGUUGCCAAUACCAACGACUACAAUGACAAAUUGAGGCUAAUGUUCUGUGCCACGAUGAAAGAGAUCAGCCAACUCAUCCCACCAGACGCUGAUAUACCAACUGCUUACAAGAGUGGAUCUGACAACGACCAAAAGUUCAUCUCUUGCUUGGCACAGUUUCUUGUUGCCUUUCUCAAAGAACAUGCUAAUCUUGUAGAGCCCGUCGAGCGAGAAAAUGCCGACCUUACCGAGUAUCACAGCUAUGCCGUCGAGACUCUACUGAAUAUCAGCCGUGUAGAUGAGGUCGAAGUUUUCAAGAUUUGCCUUGAUUAUUGGAACUGGUUAACUUCUGAACUGUAUCGACUAUCGCCAUUCCCACCCCCAUCACUCAUUUUCAGUCAAAUGGGUGGAAUGAAAGAUCUGCCAAGACGCAAACUUUACAGAAUUCACCUCUCUAACUUGCGCAACAUUAUGAUUUCUCGAAUGGCAAAACCUGAAGAAGUACUGGUUGUGGAAAAUGACCAAGGAGAGGUUGUACGAGAGCUUGUCAAAGAUACGGAUUCAAUUACUUUGUACCGAAACAUGCGAGAAACGCUCGUCUACCUCACACAUCUUGACAACAAGGAUACUGAGUUGAAAAUGACUGAGAAGCUUCAAACACAGGUAUCUGGAAACGAAUUCUCGUGGAAGAACUUAAACACUCUGUGCUGGGCCGUUGGAUCGAUCUCGGGUACAAUGACUGAAGAGGAUGAAAAACGCUUUUUGGUGCUUGUAAUUCGUGAUCUACUUGGACUUUGUGAACAAAAGCGGGGAAAAGAUAACAAAGCCGUUAUUGCUUCAAACAUUAUGUAUGUGGUUGGACAAUACCCGCGUUUCUUGAGAGCUCACUGGAAAUUCUUGAAAACAGUCAUCAACAAAUUGUUUGAGUUUAUGCACGAGACCCAUGAAGGAGUGCAAGAUAUGGCCUGUGACACUUUUAUCAAAAUCGCAAUGAAAUGCAAAAGACACUUUGUCAUUCUGCAACUCGGAGAAACUCAACCAUUUGUGGACGAUAUGUUAGAGAAUCUGUCAGGAAUUAUCUGCGAUCUGACUCCACCACAAGUUCACGUAUUUUAUGAGGCUAUGGGGCACAUCAUCAACGCUCAAACAGAUUCUUCGCUUCAGGACCCAUUGAUUGAAAAGCUCAUGCGCCUUCCGAAUACUGUGUGGGACGAAAUCGUUCAACACGCUGGAAGCAAUGUCGACGUCUUGAAAGAACCAGAAGCUCUUCGCAGUGUGCUUAACAUUCUGAAGACCAAUGUGGCUGCUUGCAAAUCAAUUGGAAUGGCUUUUGUGGCCCAGCUCAGCAAGAUCUACCAAGAUACUCUGUCAAUGUACAAGAUUCUUUCGGAGAAUGUAUCAAGUGCCGUUGCCGAUAAUGGAGAAGAUAUCUUGAAGAACCCAGUGAUCAAGCUAAUGAGAGGUGUUAAACGGGAAAUCUUGAUUCUGCUUUCAACUUGGGUCGCACAAAGCGAUGAUCCAAAGGGUGUCCUCGAAGAUUUUGUGCCACCACUUUUCGACGCUGUUUUAUUCGAUUAUCAGAAAAAUGUGGCUGCUGCACGAGAACCAAAAGUGCUCUCCCUUCUCAGCAUCAUCGUCUGCCAAUUACAUGAACUCAUUUCAUCAGAAGUACCCCGAAUCUUGACAGCCGUCUUCGAGUGCACCCUCAACAUGAUCAACAAGGAUUUGGAGGCUUUCCCAGAGCACCGUACCAACUUCUUUGCUUUGCUCCUUUCAUUGAGUCAAGAGUGCUUCCCAGUGUUUUUGGCGAUGCCCUCAGAGCAACUUCAAUACAUCAUUGACGCCGUCGUCUGGGCUUUCCAGCACAGUAUGCGAAAUGUUGCAGAAAUCGGUCUCGACAUCCUGAAGGACAUGCUUGCUAAAGUUGCGAUCCUUCCCGAGGAACAAUCUCAAACUUUCUACAAGGAGUUCUACAUGCAAAUUCUUCAACACGUUCUCGCUGUAGUUGCUGAUAGUAGCCAAGUUCAAGUUGCCGGAUUGACCUACUAUGCUGAGGUGCUUUGUGCUCUUUUCCGUGCUGCCGAGUUUUCGAUCAAAAUUUCUCUCAAUGACCAAAAUCCUCAACAAUCAAACAUUGACUUCAUCUACAUGCAAAUAUCGACCAUCUUUAUGCAGCACUUCACCAAUCUAACUCAGGAUCAAAUUCGUGUCACCAUCAAGGGCUUCUUCUCCUUCAACACCGAUGUCACUCAAAUGCGCAAUCAUCUACGAGACUUCUUGGUCCAAAUCAAGGAGUUCAAUGGAGAAGACACAUCGGAUUUGUUCCUCGAGGAGCGUGAACAAGAAAUACAAGCUGCUCAGGCUAAGAAACGCCAAGUCCCUGGGAUGAUCAAUCCGAAUGAGCUUAACGACGAAGAGGAGAUGAAA